AUGGAAGAACCUAGUGUGGAAUCUACAACUACCGAUAUGCAUGAACCAUGUGAGCCCGAGACUGUGCAAGACUCGGCGGAACCGGAUUCGAAUGUACACAUGGUGGACAGUGCUUGGGAUCAGUCGAAUCCGGUGUACGACAAACCGGAAGAACACGCCCUGUUGACGGAAUCUCCGGCGGAAGGAAACACAACCGUUGAUGACCAUUUGAUCAGUCUCACUGUGAGUGGCGAUGGUGAUCGUGGUGGUGGUGGUGGCGACGGUGAAGGGGAAUCAAGGGAACACCAGUUGGAAAUGGAGUUGAUCGAAAAAAUUCAGACGGAUUCAGCACCGGAUCAGUCAUCAUCAUCACCGUCAUCACCGGUUCAAGAGACAACCGAGGAUCGGAGUGUAAGUGAAACACCGGUUAGUGAAGAACCGAUAUGUCCAUCGCCAGAGCAACCGGAUGUGGAUUUAUCUGUGACAUCGGACGGUACAACUGAGGAGACUGUGGAAAGUGUGGAAAAAUCCCACGACGUUAUUGUGAGCGGUGACGAACCAAGUGAGGUGUCGCACAGUCCAGUGGAUGAGGUACCUUUAGUGACCCCAGACGAAGAAUCCGGUGAAGUGAACCCAACGGACCAGAUAAGGAAAGAGUCACAGGAUUCCAUUAACGGGACAGAAACCGGGGAGGAUCACAACAUACCACAAGUAACCUCUGCAUUCGAACCAACAGAAAAAUCAGAAUCUGAAGUACCCAUCGAGAUGGAUGAAGUAACAGAGGAAACGGGACUGAAAAGUCAAGUUAAUGAGACCCCGGUCAACCAGAAUCAAACUGAAGAAAGCGGCAGAGUAGAAGAAGAUCGAGCAAUGUAUUUGGAUGACCAAACAUCCUCAAGUAUUAAGUUACCCCCAGAGAGUAUUAGUCACACCUAUGAACCAGAGUUUUCGGAACCUAUGGAAACUAUGAGAGCAACGGGAGAAACUCCACUUACACCUGAGACGGAAGUGGGGCAAUGGGAAAUGCAUGAAGCUGAUUCAAUUUUACCAUUGUCAACUGUACCAGCUUGGCUCGAUAGGGAAGUCGAGGAGCCACUGGAUACUCCGUCGCACACAGCCUCAUUUGAACAGGAACAGGAGGGGAAGAGUCAUGUGGAGCAGCUCGAAGAGAUUUCCGAGACGGCAAAGGAAGAACAUUUGAAUCAGGUGAAGGAAAGCUCGGAGGAUAUCGAUCUCGGUGAGAAAUCAUACGAAGGUGAUUCUACCGUGGAGGAAACAGUCUCACAUGAACUUGUGGUUCAACAAUAUCAUCCUCCACCGAGUGAGGAAGGAAGUGCCAUACCGUAUUCCACAGUUCCUGAAUUUCUGGACAAGGAGGUCGAUGAUACCACAGUAGUAAUGGAAUAUGAACAUGUGGCUGAUCAAAAAAUAGCUGCUGAUGAAGGAGAAGACAUUCAAUUAACUGCAGAACCUAAAAGUUUUGCAGCGGUGAAUGAUGCAGUCCCGGACGAAACUGCACCGAGUACAGAAGAAACUUUAGAAGACGGGCAAAUAUCGCACGAGAACAGUAUUUGGGAACAUGAGAACGUAACUGUCCCUACAGAACUGGAUGUACAUGUAGAAGCUACCGAUGUGUGUAUACCAGAACAUGAAUCUGUUGAAGAGCCGAAUGAAAAGCCUAUCCAGGACCAGGAACUAUUUGAAGCGCAGCCGGAAGAACACCGAGAGGAGCCAUCGAGACCUGAAAGUGAAAAACCUGCGACCAUACCGCCAACUACAGAAGUAGUAGAAAAUAGACAUGUAGCUGAGGAAACCAGUGCGACAGAGGAACAAGUGCGGCAACUCGCAGAACCCGAAGCUUUGUCAGAACAAGUGACACUGAUUGAAGAAAUCGCGCACACCGAGGAGGUCAGCCCGGAGGAAGAGCACCAUACGGAACUUCCCAUCGCAUACGCCACACAAGAGGCGAUUUCGCCACACUUUGAAACGGUAGAAGAGUUUAAUGAAACGUCACACGACCAAGAAUUCAUUAGCCCCGAACACGUGACCAUAGAUGAUGGUGCACGAGAGAAGCAGGCACAACAACAACAACAAAAACCACUAACCCGAGCACAAUCGAACGAACCAAUCCAAUCAGACAGUGCACGUGAUCAACCAGUGUGUUUCACACAAACGUUAGAAUUGGAAGAACAGAGAGCACAGAGUAUUGAACCGAUAGAGGACGUGCUUGUGAACCAAGCGCAACCAAGUGAACUGGUUAUCGAUGACGGUGCGACAUGCGUAGCCAAUGUGUGCACGCCUGUUGAACCGGUAAUUCAGCACACAGCAGAAGAAGCGAAAGAACAAGAACAACCGUUCACAUUGAUAAAUCAACCUGAAUUAGCACCGGUAAUUGGUGCAAUUGAACAAACAAUGAUUAGCACAGAACCUGUGGCAAAAAUGGACAGUCAGCCAGUACUGUACGCCACUGAAGAACACGAAUUUUCAAGCAUUACAAACGGAGAAUUGGUGGAAGACAAUGAACCAUUGAUAACUCCGGUGAGCGUAAGUCGGAUUCAGGUAUCGGAUCACAAAAAACUACCAACAGACGCAAUGAUCACUUCCGGCCAGGCGGCCUUGUUGAUCUCGACAGCCGAUCGGGUACAUGAAGAGGUCGAUUUGGUGAACGGAUACAGUCCCGGUUCGGACAAGGAGAAUGACAAUCGGGCCGAGUUUGAGGAACGUUACGCACGACUUAUGGCUAAAUUUCUUCCACGAGAUCAAACACUAGUGGAUUCACAGAAUCGUAAACAAAGGAGUAAGACAUUGGAACCGAAUUUUGAUAUCAAUGAGUUGCGUAAUUGGAAUGAGCCUGUCACAAAUGUGAAACAGAAAUCGGCUACUCUGGGUCGAUCGGGAUCACGGAAACGACCGCGUCUGUUACCCAAACCUGCAGUGAAUGAUGAUCACCUGUUCCCGGACUCAGUCACUCCGUCCAAAGUGGACCGAAAUUUGAGUGUGCGUAGUCUCAGUGUCGGUUUGCCCGAGGGCACGUAUGAUGUGCCGUACAUCGAUGACGAUGCGUUUGUGCCCCGAAAAUUACGGGACAAAUCCGCCCCGAAUGCAGUAAACGGACACGGGAGUGAUGCGAGCACAGAGAGUGAUGAGUAUUUGUGGGAUCCGAGUUUAUCACGUUACAGUGCCUUAGAUCCGGCUCAUCGAGCUGACGUGGAUGAAUAACUUUUACCCAAAACCGGCGCGACUGGCCCCGGUGGAAAACACAAUGGGGAACGGAGUCUGAUCAAAGAGAAUAAGAACAAGGGAACAAAGAAGCGUCGGUUUUUCGAUUUGUGCAGUUGCAUGGGUCGACGUAGCCACAAAUGA